AUGCCGUUCAUUUCAGUCAAUAACCACCAACUACAUUAUGCAGACUCCCAUCCCGACGGAGCUCCCGCGGGCGGACUCACAUUCUUUUUCAUCCACGGCUUAGGCUCCUCGCAGAACUACUACUUUCCGGUUCUCCCAUUCCUGACGCCAAAGCAUCGCUGUAUCACCGCGGACACCUACGGUUCCGGCCGCUCUCCGUACACAGACCAAUCUGUAUCUAUCGGAUCCAUCGCCGUGGAUGUGAUCGGAGUUCUCGAUGCAUUGAAUGUUCCUCAGGCCGUGGUGGUUGGCCACUCCAUGGGCGGGCUAGUCGUGACCCUCUUAGGUUCGGAGCAUGCAGACCGUGUGAAGGGAAUUGUCGCAAUUGGGCCGACUCAUCCAACUGAGACUCUGCACUCGGUAAUGUCAAAACGCAGUGAAACCGCGGCACAAGGCGGAAUGGAGUCACUGGCGAACAGCAUUCCAUACCAGGCUACUGGGUCCGCAGCCUCCCAUCUAGCUCGUUCGUUCAUCCGCGAACUCGUCCUCGGACAGAACCCGAAGGGAUAUGCGGCGCUAUGCCAGGCCAUCGCCAACGCGCCCACUAUUGAUUACUCACUGAUAAAAGUACCGUUCUUACUGAUUGCUGGGGAGGAAGACAAGUCGGCUAGCAUGGAAGGAUGUCAGUACAUAUUUGAUCAUUUGUCGAGUGAGAACAAGAGGAUGGAGGUGUUGAAAGAGGUCGGACACUGGCAUUGUAUUGAGGCGCCUGACUCGGUUGGAAUUGCGAUUUCCGAGUUUGUUGGGCAGAGCUAUUGA